AUGCGUCUCGAAAAUCACACUCAUAUUCGCCAUAUUAUGCUCUACCACUACGAGAAAGGAUGGACCGCAGCCCAGUCACUUCGCGAUGUCAACGAACUUUUUGGCAAAGGAACAAUUACUGAUAGUGCAGUACGGAAGUGGUUUAUUCGCUUUAAAUCAGGUGACACUAGUUUGGAGGAUAAAGAAGGAAGAGGUCGGCCAUCGGAUUUUGAUGAUCAAGCACUUCUGACAGCCGUGGAAGAGGACGAAAGCCUGAUAACGCGAGUGCUGGCUGAAUACUUUAAUGUCAAUCAGUCAACGAUCGUUCGACGCCUGAAGAAGCUUGGAAAGCGCCGUGUAAUCGAAUCCAUCGCCAAUAAGGGAUGGGAUCUGCUCCCACAUCCGCCGUACUCACCGACAGAAGCACCAACGGACUAUCAUGUCAAUCACUCUUUGAAAAACUGGCAAACAAACAAAGUCUACGACGACUUGGAUGACUCGGUGGCUGAUGUCAAAGCGUGGAUUGCCUCCAAGAAUCGUGACUUCUUCGCACGUGGAAUCGACCGACUGCCAAGCAAAUGGGGAGCAGUUCUUGAAGUGGAUGGUGACUAUGCUCUCGAAUGA